ACUUCACAAGCAAUCCAUAACACUUUCAAUUCACAUCCAACUCCUUUUAACUGUCAUUAGCAAUGGAUAUGGUGAAGAGGUUGGUGGCCGAAAAGCCUGUGGUGGUCUUCAGCAACAGCUCUUGUUCUUGCAUGAGCCACUCCAUCAAGUCAUUGAUAUCUAACUUUGGGGCUAACCCUACUGUUUAUGAGCUGGAUGGAGUAGCAAAUGGACAGCAGAUUGAGAGGGCGCUGCUGCAGCAGGGGCGUCGGCUGCCUGCCGUGUUCAUAGGGCAAGAGUUCAUUGGUGGUGCAAAAGAGGUGAUGAGUCUCAACCUCAGGAGUGAGCUUGGUCCAUUGCUCAUAAAGGCUAGAGCUAUCUGGCUUUAAUGUUCUGGAUAAGGAUCUCCACUUUUGCUAGCAGUAAACUUGAAGCCAGAGCUGACACGGUUUUGAUAGUUCAUAGACCAUCUUUAACUUUCCUUUUUUUUCUUUCACUUUGAGACAAAUCUGUAUUUUGACAUGGUAUAAUGUA